GUCCACAGCAGCAGAACAGACAUAAAGGGCUCUUCACCUUAUUAGAAAACAUUGACUUGGGAGCUCUGAGGCUGAACUAUUGUUAGCAGGGAAAAGACCAAGAGAUCAUCACAAGAGGUCAAAGGUUGUUUGUACCGAGCCAGAAUGAGCUGCCUGUUAGCAUGGCUGCUCCUCCUCUUAGGAACCAUGGCUCAAGAAUCACAGAGUGCAGACAGUGGAAGUUCUGUGAGGCACAACCCAGCUGUGUUUCAUAUUGAAGACAAAUAUGAAUGGUCAACUUGGUUCAAUGUGGAUCACCCUGGAGGGAAGGGAGACUAUGAGCAGCUGGACGCCAUUCGCGUCUACUACCGAGCUCGAGUGUGUGACUCCCCGUGGGAUGUGGAGGCCCGUACCACAGACUGGAUCCCAGCGCGUAACACCAAGGAGAGGGUGCAUGUUGACCCCGCCGUGGGCUUCUGGUGUGUCAAUGCUGAGCAACCUGCAGGAAAGAACUGCUCCAAUUAUGUGGUUCGAUUCCUGUGCCCAGUAGACAAGCAGCCAGAAUCUCCUGGAGUGUGGGGUCCAUGGUCAGCCUGGGGCCUGUGUCCUGCACAGUGUGGUCAGGUGGCAGAUCAGGUGCGCUCCAGGACAUGCAAAACCCAAUCCAGGUGGUGCAUUGGCUCAUCUGUAGAGGGCAGGCAAUGCAAAGGACCGACAUGUCCAGAUUGCAAUCUGCAGUGUGUGGUGGGCAUGGUGAAUGCUGAGUGCACAGCCUGCACGUGCCAGGACCACACUGUUCUAGGCUCGGUCCGCAGUGCUGGGGGUCUGCCUGGCCCUGGAGCAGCCAUCAUGGUAUCUAGCUCCACCCCCAGGCUUCUCACCCUGACCGACCACAAUGGACACUUCCGUGUGCCCGGAAUCUGCCCAGAUGGCAACACUACACUGAUCGUCAGGCUGCAGAACCAUGCUCCUCAGAGCGUCACCAUGCCGCUGAGUGCUGAGCACACAACUGUGUUUCAUGUGAAGCUGGAGAGAGCAAAAAAACUGUAUGUGCAAAAGAACCCAGAGUCCAAAGCCAGGCGGGAGGGUCAAACAGUUGCUUUUUGCUGUAAAGUGGCUGGCACAUCUGAGCCUGACCAUUACCAGUGGUUUCACAAUGGAAGCCUGCUUGAGAAGAGUAGGUAUCACUAUGACAACACUUUGGUUUUGAGGAACCUACAGCUGAACCAGGCUGGAGAGUACUACUGCAGAGCCACUAACGAGAAUGGAGCGAUAAAAUCAAAACCAGCAAUGCUCACAGUCAUAGGUCAAAAUGAACCAUCAUGCAACCCAAAGCCUGAAUCCCACUUGAUUCGCCUGCCACGUGACUGCUACCAGAACCAGACAAACUCAUUUUAUUAUGAUGUAGGGAGAUGUCCUGUAGGAACAUGCACAGGCCAGCUGGAUAAAGGCAUUCGAUGCAAAGACUCCAUAUCCUUCUGUUGUGGAGUUUCCAAGAUGGAAAAGAGACAGAUAACAUGUCAAGGCUACCAGUUACCCACAAUGGUAGCCACCCAGUGUGGCUGCAAAAAAUGUGUUGAAACAAAAGCUAUAGUUUAUGGACGUGCAAUUGCGGCAGACACAGGCGAGCCCCUGAGGUUUGGACACAUCUACAUGGAUGGGUUAAGGGUUAGCCGAACAGGAUACAAAGGCACUUUCUCUAUCCACGUGCCUCCAGACACACAGAGGCUUGUUCUCACUUUUGUAGACAAUAUGCAAAAGUUUGUAAACACCACAAAGGUACUUUUGUUCAGUACCAAAGGAGGAGCUGUGUACCAUGAGAUUAAACUGCUAAGGAAGAAGCCUCCUGUUACAAUUCGCUCAACAGACACCAACAAACUAGAACUUGGAGAAGUAGAGGGAGAGGAACCCAUGGCUGAGAUUGAAAUACCACCAAAUGCCUUCUACAAGCAGAAUGGGGAGGUAUUUGUAGGUAAUGUGCAAGCUAGCAUUACUUUUCUGGACCCAAGAGAUGUAUCCACAGCAGCAGCUGCUCAGAGCGAUCUCAACUUUGUGGACACUGAAGGCGACACCCUUCCCUUGAGGACCUAUGGUAUGUUCUCAGUGGACUUCAGAGAUGAGGAGGGUGGCGAGUCCUUAAAUGCUGGAGAGGUUAAAGUUGGCCUGGAUGCAGCCCAAGUGAAGAUGCCUGAACACCUGAAGACAAUGAAGCUGUGGUCUCUCAACCCAGAGACCGGCCUAUGGGAAGAAGAGGGACAGUUCCAUGCAGAAAAAAAACGACGAGGAAAACGAGAGGAGAGGACCUUCCUAAUUGGCAACAUGGAAAUCAGAGAAAGGCGGCUGUUUAACUUGGAUGUUCCUGAAAACAGGAGAUGUUAUGUUAAAGUCCGCGCCUUCCGCAGCGAACGCUUCGUACGGAGUGAGCAGGUUGAGGGUGUUGUGAUGACUCUGAUCAAUAUGGAGCCUACACCGGGUUAUUCAAGCAAUCCUCGUGCAUGGGGCAGGUUUGACAGUGUCAUUACUGGACCUGAUGGUGCAUGUCUACCUGCUUUCUGUGAUGACCAGAAGGCAGAUGCAUAUUCUGCUUACGUCAUGGCCAACCUUGGAGGAGAAGAACUGGAAGCAGUAGCUUCUGCACCAAAAUUAAAUCCCAACACCAUUGGCGUCCUUCAACCAUACCUGAGCAAGCUGAAUUACAGGCGAACAGACCAUGAUGACCCUAGAAUGAAGAAGACAGCAUUCAGCAUCAAUGUAGCAAAACCUAGCCCAAACACAGCUGAGGAAGCAAAUGGUCCGAUUUAUCCAUUUGAAAAGCUGAAGGAGUGUGAGGAAGCUCUGUUCAGUGCACCCCACUUCCGCUUUUCAAGAGUUGAGGGAGAUCGCUAUGACUACAACACUGUUCCUUUCAAUGAGGAUGAUCCCAUGAGUUGGACAGAAGACUACUUAAGCUGGUGGCCAAAACCAAUGGAAUACAGAGCUUGCUACAUCAAAGUUAAAAUCAACAGUCCUCACGAAAUCAAUGUUCGUUCUCGCAACAUGGGAGGCACGCAUCCAAGGACUGUGGGCCAGCUUUAUGGCCUUCGUGACACCCGCAGUAUCCGCGACAUGGACCAGUCGAUGGUCUCGGCUGUUUGCUUAGAGUUCAAAUGCAGCGGUAUGCUUUAUGACCAGGACCGCGUAGAUCGCUCUCUUGUGAAGGUGAUUCCUCAAGGUAGCUGCAAGCGAGAUGGUGUCAAUAGCAUGCUACAAGAGUACUUGGUCAACCACCUUCCACUGGCUGUCAAUAAUGACACCAAUGAAUUUACCAUGCUUGCACCAUUGGACCCUCUAGGUCACAACUACGGAAUCUAUACAGUGACUGACCAAGACCCUCGUACAGCUAAGGAGAUAGCACUUGGACGUUGCUUUGAUGGCACAUCAGACGGCACCUCACGAGUCAUGAAGACCAGUGAAGGUGUGGCACUAACGUUCACCUGUGGUGAUAAAGAGGUCACCAGACAGAGUGUGUUCCAGCAGCUGCAGAGCUCACCUGGCCGAACCACAGCUGGAAGGCCGAGAAGAGGCAACAGAAGACAAAGAGGAGACCCGGCAGCGCUCCGCAAUAGCCAGAGAAGGAGCACCCGCAAUCCUAACAAACGCUCUCAAACCACAGGUUUAAGCUCCAAGCAGUAAACAAACAUGGUGAAUAGAAAUGGGCUAGUCGUGCCUAUUUCAAAAGAUAUUCCAUAACAACUGAUUGAUAUAAGAAUCAAAGUUUGACCAUAUGAGAUGUACAUUACAUAAGUUUAUGAAAGCUGAUAAACACUUAAAAUAUAUCUUGGUGUGCUGUAAAACAGUUUUUUUUUUUCUUUAAGGUAACAUCAAAUUUAUCUUGCUGAUCCAUAAAUUCAAGUUUGUGACAUAACCCUAUGGAGCACAUCAGAAUGGUUUACUUCUUUAAAUAUACUACAUAAGGUUUAAGAGGAAGGUUUUGCAGUACAAUUUCAGAAACGUUACUGAACUGAAAUCAGCAGUGGGUCAUUUUACAUGAAACCCUGUUUUUAAAUAACUAUUUUUGCUCAUGUACUUUUUCACUUGUACUGUGAUAAAUAUUUACUACUUGAAAUUGUAAAUAAUGGAAUAUUUAUUUCAUAGGCAAUAUAGCAUUUCAAGCACCAAAAAAGCCAAAUAAAUAUCAGUGCUUUUGAUUCACUUGUAAUGUAAUUAAAAACCACUGCUGAAAAUGCUUGUCCAGAAUUUUUUUUGACCAAUGAUUUUAUUAAAUUAGAUCUUUAAAAAACACUGUUGGAGUCUUGUCAUUGUCCUUGAGCAGUCAUUGACCAAUUAUUAAUUUUGUAAAGCAAAUCUUUUGCCAUGGUUAGGAAAAACAAACACCUUAGAUGUCAAAUAUUGUUGUAGAUAUAGACAUUUAGUCUGUGUAGCCAGUAAGCUUGCUCCUUCUCUUACUUGAUACAAGCUUGCAGAAGCUAUAACAAAUGUCUGAGCCCCACAUUCCUGCAUUAGUAGUGAUUUAAAUCUACCAGCAUGAGAGCAGAGAAUUUAAACGAAAAUACACACUCCUUUAACAGCAUACCUCUAGGAAAAAAAAA